GGGGUUGCACUCGCCCGCCCCCUGGUGGCCGCGGUGGAGGCGGCGGCGGCGGCGGCGCGGAGCGGCGGGAGCGGGGCCGGGAGCGGGGCCGGCAUGAGCGAGCUGCGGCAGCGGCUCGGCCGGGAGCCCGGCGGGGCGCCGGAGCCUGAGGAGAAGGAGUCAGAGUCUGAGAACAAGCUGGAUGGAGAGACAGCAUCAGACAGCGAAAGCAAAUCCGAAUUUGGAGGAUCACCCCCGGUGCCAACAUCGGAUGAUACUCCAGAGGUCCUGAACAAAGCUCUCUCCCACCUGUCUUCAAGAUGGAAGAAUUGGUGGGUAAGAGGCAUCCUCACGCUGGCAAUGAUCACCUUCUUCUUCAUCAUAAUCUACUUGGGACCCAUGGUCUUAAUGAUGAUAGUGAUGUGUGUCCAGAUCAAAUGUUUCCACGAGAUUAUCACUAUUGGCUAUAACGUAUACCAUUCAUAUGACCUGCCCUGGUUCAGGACGCUCAGCUGGUACUUCCUGCUCUGUGUAAACUACUUUUUCUAUGGUGAGACUGUGACAGAUUAUUUCUUCACCCUGGUUCAGAGAGAAGAGCCCCUGCGAAUUCUUAGCAAAUACCACCGCUUCAUUUCUUUCGCCCUAUACUUAACAGGUUUCUGCAUGUUUGUCUUGAGUCUGGUGAAGAAACACUAUCGCCUUCAGUUCUACAUGUUCGGAUGGACCCAUGUGACGUUGCUAAUCGUUGUUACCCAGUCGCACCUCAUCAUUCACAACCUGUUUGAAGGAAUGAUAUGGUUCAUUGUUCCAAUUUCCUGCGUGAUCUGCAAUGACAUCAUGGCGUACAUGUUCGGGUUCUUCUUUGGCCGCACCCCACUCAUCAAGCUCUCCCCGAAGAAGACCUGGGAGGGUUUUAUCGGAGGAUUUUUUGCCACUGUUUUGUUUGGAUUGCUGCUGUCCUACGUGAUGUCUGGGUACCGGUGCUUCACCUGUCCGGUGGAGUUCAACAACGACACCAACAGCUUCACAGUGGACUGUGAGCCUUCCGAGCUGUUCCAGCUACAGGAGUACAACAUCCCCUUGGUGCUGCAGUCCGUGGUGGGCUGGAAGACAGUCCGGAUGUACCCCUUCCAAAUCCACAGCAUCGCACUGUCUACUUUUGCCUCCCUCAUUGGGCCAUUCGGAGGCUUCUUCGCUAGUGGAUUUAAGAGGGCCUUCAAAAUCAAGGACUUUGCCAACACGAUCCCAGGGCACGGGGGUAUCAUGGACCGCUUUGACUGUCAGUACCUGAUGGCUACCUUUGUUAACGUGUACAUCGCAAGCUUUAUCAGAGGUCCUAACCCAAGCAAACUGAUCCAGCAGUUCUUAACCUUGCGGCCAGACCAGCAGCUCCACAUCUUCAACACGCUAAAAGCACACCUUGUUGACAAGGGUAUGUUAGGUAGUUCGGAGGAUGCAUAGACAGCCCGGCGAUUGGAACAGGACUGAAAACAGACAAGCCUCCUCGAGGAAAUUCCUGGCUUGCCUGAUUUAAGACAAUAACAAGGCCUCAUUUCACUGUAACUUUUCUUCCUUUCUUGGUAAAUGUUUGCAUUUGUGGGGUUUUUUUUUGAUAAUAUAUUUAUAUAGCUUUGGUUCAAAUGAGCAAAUCUUGGGUUUGUAGCUGAAUAGGAGUUAAGGCUUGGAAGGACUGUUGGGUGAAGUAAGAGGGUCCUCGUGGUCCGUUCUUAACCUUCGAUGCACGUAGGCAGAGCUGAGUGUUUCCUGUGGGUGUGUUGAUGCAGGGAACACACGAAGCGUUGUCCGUACGACCGCCUCUGCGCGUGGGAGCCAGCAGGGAAGGUGAAGCCGCGCAGCCCCCCAGCUGUCGUGCCGGGCCGCGUUCACGAUGGCGGCUCUGGGGACCGUCACUUUCUCUGCUGGUAACUGUGAAUGCGACGUUAAUUUUCCCGCAAAGCCACGUUCACGCCCGUGUGCGGUGCCCUUGCCCACUGCGUGGUGAGCACGCGGCUCUGCUGAUUGCGAGGUGAUCUUGUACUAAUCCAGCCAUAUUUCCUCUGCCCAGCCAGGCACGUGCAUCUGUUUCCACUUGCUGUUUUUUGCAGUGCCUCUCACAUCCCCCCCCCUUAUGGCUGAUACUUUGGCAAAUAAGAUUUUUAUAACCAAUUAAACCAGAAAUAGACCGGGGACAAGGAGUCAAGAAACUGAUUCUUGCUUAUGGGAGUGUGGGAGGUUCAAAUUGCUUCAAAGCCGAACCAAGUAAAUAGGUUUUAAAGAACAUUGAAAUUUCAUUGAGAAAUUCCUGCCGAGGAAGACCAACUCUUUAAAUAACUUGGUUCGUUUUUCCCCGAUCAAGUAACCUUUAAGAAACACUGAACCACACUUUUUUCAUUUCUCGGCGGUUGGAAACCCCGCACUGGGAUAUUUUAACUAAUUUGGAGAGCAGUUUCCAACUUGGUUUUCUUCUAAAGUUUGCCGGUUGGGGCUCCAGCACGCCGCUGGUGCUGCCCGCUGGCUAGUUUGUUUUUCUUUCAGGGAUCACGUCUAUCACCUGUUUGUUACUUGAGUUCUAGAUGUUGUGCUGCUGAGUUUGUCAUGGUCUGUGUUGCAUUUCAGUCUGGGUUCAUUUACCAGCAGGCUUCUGUCCUGCUUCGCUUACUAAAUCUUGUCAGAAAUAGUUUGUAUGUAAUAGUUGCAAGUUUUAUCUAAAUACUUUCCUUUAUUUUGUCAUAUUUUUUUAUUAUUUAAAAAUGAGAGCCCUAAAGAUUGUAAAACUUUUCUUUUUGUUUUUGUUUUUCUUCUUUUGUGAUCAGAUAGUGAAAAUAUCCCUGGUUUACACCUUAUGCAAUGUUCCCAAACACAAGGUGACUCUGAUUUUACUUCUUUCCACAGUUUGUGCAUGGGAGAGGGAAACUUUACCUUAUUUUAACCUGGGGAACAAGUGACAGGGAAAGACAAUACAGAAGUACAUUGCUGUUUUCAGACAGUUGUUGAUACAAACCUUAUACACAGACCCCCCCCGAUGAUGGAUACAAGUACAUACUGCAAGCUAGCUGAGCAUCGAUGGAAAAUAAAACACCUGAAAAUACUUUGUAGUUUAUGCUCCGUGUUCAGAUCCUGCCAUUGCUUUCAUUUACCCUGAGUGAGCCAGAGCGUGUGUACAUACAUUAACAGAUACCAGCCCCUCUUACCUUUCUGUAGGACGCUUUCUGCGUGGUAAGCUCUGCUUCAUCUCCCUAACACGAGCCACAGGGCAGAAUUUUGUGCCCAUUGUACUGCAAAUACCGGUAUUUGAUGGAAAGCAUAGAUUGCAGACAGGGGUCUGUUUCCACAAAGUAUGUUCAGCGGGUGCUGGCAGGCGUCAGGCCUGCUACGGAGCCGGUUCAGGACUGCGUUUGGUUAAUGCCAUGCGUGUAUGUAGAGGCUUUCCUGGACCAGUUGUGGAGACUGUUCCCUUCCAGCCUUGAAUUAGGCAGGGAUUUAUUUUCUGUCGACUUAGAGGAUUGGUCCAAGCCCCUAAUUUGAAAACUGGGAGGGAGAGUUAAGGUGCUUCGGUCUUGCUUUGCCCAGGGAGGAUAUUUGGUCUGCAUUUCGUGACAAUUUGGCUGAGUCCAGCUAGGCAAAGUGAGGGCACCUGCGAGGAGAACCCGGGCUGGGAAUAGGUGUGCAAGUGGCAGGGUUUUGUGUAGUCCCUGAAAGGUGGUUUGCCCUGUGGGGUGAGACAAGCUGGUGCUUCUCUGGAUUCUCGCUGCCCGCUGCCAGCAUCUGCCAAAAUCCCUUGUAGCGCACUGCUGGGUCAUCAGAAGGAGCUGUAGUUUGCUAAAUAUUACAAAAGUGUACUGCUCUUUCUAUUCGGAAUGUUUUCAUAUGGGUCUUUAGUCUCCUGCUCGUCUUGCUUUAAACCUUUUGUACCUCUUUAGUUGUAAUUAGCGGGGCAAAAAUGGAACGCGAAGCGUUUCUGCGUGCUUUAGAUGUGAAGUAGCAUUUGGGCCUUUUGGAAGGGUGUAGUGCUGGAUGCGGACACUGGGGGGCAAAGCAGUUGCAUUUGGUGGCUUCCCAGAGCUGGGAGAGAGGCAACAGUGCCUGUGGGUGCUUUCCUGGCGAGCUCGCAGCUUUAUUCUUGCUUCCUUCCCAGCAGUGCAGUUAGAGGGUGGCCUUCCAAGCCUGUUUUGAUCCUGAAGGGUAAAGCUACGUGGAAAGGGUUUAGCAUUCUGCACUGAAGUUUAGUAAACUGAAUGGGAGCAGCGCGUCCCUUUGAGAAACGGAGGAAGAAGGGAGGGAGCUGGGGGUCAUUAAGGUUAUUUGCAAGCUGUUCAGCUGAUCUUGCUGAGAAAUACUGGUGAGCGCUGUAGCGUGUCCUCCACUGGGCUGAGAGCGGUGUCUGGCAAACCCACUUCUACACCGCUGGUAGGAAUAUGUGUGAUAGUACUGCUCGGCUCUCAGCGACAGCGUGCUGUCUGGGGAGCGCUUGGUGGGUUUCCCCCGUCAGCCCAGCCUGUGAGUGGCUUUAGUUUGCUGUACGUACCUCAGCUAAGAAAGUUAGAGGAAAUGAAAAGCUGAUAUUACUGGCUUUGCCUGUCCCUAAAGGAGUUAAGGUUGAUGCCAAGGGACGUGUAGCAAGACACGCUGCACCUCUUUUAAUUACAUUAAGCCUUGCAGGACCUUGGUCGUGCUGCAGCUGUCACAAGAAUUCAGGGUUGGAGGGAGGCUGACGUAGCUAGCGCUGCUGGAGAGGCCACGCUGACACCAGGGAUGUCUGGAUAAGGCAACGCGGGGAUGCUCACGUGGAGUUUCCCCAGCUGCAGGGCUCGAGCUCAGCGUUGCACAACAGUUUUUGUUCACAGUGGGCUCCACGACCGGAGAAGUUCCUCCUGCUUGUGCCCAGCAAGAGGGAGGUAACGGUGAGAGCAGGCCAGCAAGGGGCGGGUGCUCUGUCAGCUGGCCUAUGUGCUUGGAUCGGAAGGAAGAGAAAAGUAGGAUUUGGCCGAUGUGAAGCUUCGGAGGGUGUUGGUGCGGCCUGGCUGGGUACGGGCUGGGGUGGAAACCACCUGUUCACGAGCGCUCACCGCUCUUCCAGUUGGAGCAGGCAGAGAGGGACAUGAGCGUAUUUAAGAAGCAAAGGCAUGGCACGUGGCUGGAAAGCUGCUUUUGCGUAGCGUGAGAAGCUGGCUCCCCUGGUGAGGCGACUCUAAACCUUCCUGAUGUUUGUUUGCUGGUGGGUGAUUUGGUGAUACGGGUCGGAUGCUGGUUUGAUCCACAGCCUGAGCAGGCAGGGCUGGGCUAGGUCUGCAAACAAGCUCUUGCCAUGCUCUGAUAGGAAUUUGCUUCUCCAAGUCUGGUUGUAGCCUAAAUUAGUUUGUAGAUCAGGUGCACAGCCAGACCGUGGCCUGCAGUGCUCAAUGAAACAUCAAAACCUAGUUUCUGUGUACGGCAUCAUGUCCUGUGCCGGUCGGCAUGUAUUAUUUAUAUAUUUUUUGGGGUGAUGGGCUCAGAAGUCUGCUGACACUGAUCUGGGGUUUAUGGUACCCUGUGCCGCUCGUGAAGCGGGAAAUCGGCUAACACUGGGCACCAGGCCAUGAAAUGCCGGUACCUUGUAUUCCAGGGUGUGUCUCCUGUUUCUGAUGUGUGCAGCGAGUUCCCCCAGCCACGGUUGCAGUGGGAUCCUGGUCUCUUUUCCUUCCCCCGCCUGCUCUGACCAGCUUUGUACAAUAUGAGGAGGGCAAAGCUGUGGCAAAAGCAUCCGUACGGCCCAUCCAGAGCCUCCUGGGGACAGGUGUUUGUCACAAAAAGCAUCGCACGGAAGCUGCUGUGGUUUCUGCCCUCUGUAACCAGCCCUGGAGCUGCGUUUCGUACUACUGUAAUCUUUGUGCGCUCCGGUUCUCCAGAUCUGAUGUGUUUCUACCAUUUGCUUCUUUCUCUGUGCGUUGUUCUUUUGAUUAAUGUUUUAGCUACACAUGUAGAGUUGCCUUUCUUUGACUGAAUGUCCGAAUGUUAUAUAUUGUAUAUUUUAAAGUAUUUACCCUAUUUAUAUACUAUAUGUUACUGUUAAAUAAAUAUAAGUUCCAUUA